AGUCAUAAUGAGGAGGACGGUACACAGAUGGAACGAAAUAUAAAGCAAAAGAAACGUCCUGCCACUUUAAGAACAAAAAGAAAAGUUGAUAAUCCGCAAAUGAUAUCGAAUAUGAAAGAAUUUUGCAGUUCAUGUAUUCAUACGGGUGUUCAGGGAUUAUUAAAGGAAUUCUUAGUAGUUAAAGCAUCCACCACAAAACCUGCAUCGCAGCUCGUUAAAACGGCGUUCGAUAAAAACAAAGAUAAGAACAGAUAUAAAGGUUUCCAUCUGCAUUUCAUUUGUGUACGGCUGUAG